AUGGCGUACGCGAUCACGGUAAGUCGUACACUUUGUUUUUCAAUUACAUUCGUUUUCGUAUACUUUGGUUUACUAGAUAUUUUCAUUGUAUUUUUAUAUUGUUCAACAGAAAGAAACGGAUGGCCCGCCGGCACGUCGUUCCAUCUGCAGUCUACGAUGGUGCCACGCCCUGCUCCGAGGCGCCCGUCAACGCGGCACCAUACGUGACGUGAGUAUAAUAGUAUAAGUUAUAUUUAAUAGUUGUUAUAAUAUUAUUAUCUUUGAGUAUCUGUGACAUUGAAACGGUUCGUGAUCGACAAUAUAUAUUAUUUUAUUUUUUAUUGUUUUAUAUCUACUGAAAUGUAUUCAAUAAUACAUUUAUUAUUAUCGUCCAGUCAGUAGCAAACCUUUUCAAUGUUUCGCGGUGACCAAACCGUUUAAUUUUUCGCGAUUUGUGUUAUAGUCUAUAAUAUUUUCGUUCAUUAUUGUGAUAACGUGUUGGGCGUUGGCGAAGGUUUUCUUUCGUUCACAACAAAUUUCGUUUUUCUUUGUUUUCGCUAAACUCCACGUCACUAUUACAUAUCCCCCCCACUUGUCACUUCUUUAUAGUCCCCCCCGCUUUAUUACUAUGCACGUACCCCGCGUCGCUGCCCGGACCGCAAUCGUUUUUUCCACGGUUCGUUACACCGCCCGCCCGUAGAAUACUCUUAUUCUCAUAUUCGUAAUGUGAACAUGACGUGUUUUUCUUUGUUCCUUUGUUUGCGUAUAGCCAACCGCGUUCCCACCACUAUUCCCCGUACCACACGGCCCCCCCCAACUUUCCGUCAUUGUUUCGCCGUCGUUACGGCGCUUGCGCGGCGGAGGUCACGCGAAUCGAUUCUUCCCCUCUCCGUCACUAUCCUGCUAGAGCCCUGCUCUUUUUCUCCUCCGUUUGUCCUUUAUGGGUCAACAUUUAGGCGUGGCCGAUGCGAAACAGUCUACCAACAUUCCAAUAUUUUCGUAAUGUGUAAGGUAUACCUACCUAUUGCGUUUAUGGUUACACUAUUAUUGUACAGCCAAUGCGAUAUUGUGUAACGCAGUAAAACUUGACCGAAACAAUUUUUUUACAUCUACGAUGUAUAAAAUAAAAUAUUCAUUGCGUUCACCCAAAUGGUAUUUUCAAAAGACCUUGGUUUUUUUGAUUUUUAUCUCCUUCCCCUUCCUGUUCACUCACAAUGUCGGAUCGAUACAAUUAUAACCUAAGCAACAUAAUUUAACAUCUUUAAUCUCAUAACACGAAUCAUAGGAAUGACUAAUGCAUAAUCUGUUAUUGCACUAAAUUACGUAAUCAGUUACAUUCAUGGUAUUGCUCCAAACAAUGACGCAAACAUAAUUUGCAAUUUUAGACACUUGUGAAUAAUAUUGUAAAGCGAUAUAAAUUUUUUAAUUAUUAUUAACAAUAAAAAUAUUUUUUUUUUUUUAUUUUCUAUCCCUACUGUUUAUAAGCUUUGUUUAAUAAGUAAGCAUAUUCCAAACUUGCAAAAAAUAUUGAUUCUAUUGAAUUUCUGAAUUAUUUCAAAUUAUUAUGAAUUAAUGAAGAACCUAAGUACUACUUAUUUUAUAAUUUUUUUUUUUAUCACAAUGACAUAAAUAUUUGUUGACUAAAUAAUUUUUAUGUAACCUACCUAUUACUCAUUCAAAGUUAGCAAUUUAUAAAUAUUUAGUACUUUAAAUUUAUUUAUAAGUUUAACAUUUCACAUUUCACAUUAAUGGAGAUAAGUACCAAAAUUAUUAUUUGUUGAACAGUGGAGAAGAGUUUUGUCUGUGCAGUAUUUUCAAUAAAAUCAUUGUUUUCUACAUCCUCUCUUCGUCCGUUUGUUUAAUUUGAGUUUUGCAUUUUAAUAUAAAUAUCAGGUUGAACAUUUUUGACAUGAACAACAUGAACAAAAUUGAUUUCUAACAAUAAAUUGUAAGGUGAUAUUUAUCAACUUAUAAUAAGGUUUUAUAAGGUAUUGAUAAUUGAUAGAUAAUUAAUAUUAACAAAUUUAUCAUGUAGAAAUAAAAUAAAAAUUAUUCUUGCGGAUGUAACUCAAGACAGUCUGAAAAACUUUUGUAGAUAGAAAUUCCAAGUUCGUUAAUUAUGCCCCCCCUGUAUUCUGAAGAAGUCCCAUGAAACUUAAAUACAAUUAAUCAGUAUUUCAUAAAAUACCUUUUAUAUCUUUUAACCCCCCCCCCUCACCAAAUUAAGACAAUUGCUAAAUAAUCAACACCCAAUAUUAUUUUAUUAUUUAUAACAGUAACUAUUAAAUAUUAAGAUGCUGCAAUUGUAUACCUAAUCAUGGUUCAUUUUUCAUAUUUAGUUUGAUAAGUAUGAAAAACAGAAACAACUUAACAUGUAG